UACAAAAAUAAAUGCGCUUGACCGCAGAUGUGACCAACAAUUAUUAAUGCUGUCAUUCAAAAUUAAGACGCCCGCACAAUAUUUAAAUCCUGAGAACUUACCACGCAUUGCCACGGACAUCGCUGCCGUCUUGCAGACUUAUCAUUGACCUACACAAUACUUGGUCAGCGCUCACACUUCAUUGAGCACCUAAUGAAUUUGGGGUUGGAAAUGCGCGUGGAACUUUCGAUUUAUUAAUUAAUGCUGUGCAUAAAUUACAAAUAUCAAGUAUAAAAGGCAGAAUUAAGAACUUGCCACAGCAGAAGUCAAAAUGCAGCACCAAGGGAAAUUGUUUUGCUCCUGGAAAAUGCUCUCCACAUUUGUGCUGCUGCUUGCCCUUUGGGGAGGGGAAAGCCGAGCCCUACGAUUUCGUCAACCGCCAUGCCCAUUGUACGGUUCUGAAGAGAUUCCAGAGGAGUGUCCAUACAAUUUCCAUACAAUCGAAAGUGAAGGUUGUCGUCCGCGCUACUUCUGUGCCAAGCGUGAGGGCGAAUCGUGCAACGUUUAUCAAAGGGAGGACAAGUGCAUGGGGAAUUUAACCUGCGUCUGUGGAGUGUGCCAAAAUUGUUAUGAGGAUUCUUGUCAUUUAGAGCUCUGUCCAAAUUAUCAAAAACGAUACGCAACGCGUUUACCGAUUUGGUACCAAGCUCGAUGGCGAAACAUGUUGGCAGAGUAAAAACUCCCAUAAAUUUACAAAUAUUUUAAAUAUAACUUGAGCAUAUAUGCACAAUUGUAACUAUGAUAUCUAUGCGAAAAUAUUUAUGUCGCAUUAAAUUAUAUAUUUAUUAUAUAAUAUCCAAAGAACAAGAAUAAAUCAACGGACCAUGAACCAUUAA